GCUGGUCUCCCGCUGAAGAAACCCUCUCACUUUUCGAAGCUGGUGGUUUCCCCACUGUCCGUCCUCUCCUUCCCCUCGCCGACGCUCUGUUAUAAUGAGAUCCCUCUUCCACUCCCACCAUCCCAUCCUUCCUUCCAUACCCAAUCAACCCUCGCGCCGCCUCCCCCUCUCUGACGCCCCUCGCCACCUCUUUCCUGGCCGCGGGUGGCGGCUCGCGGCCGCGUCCGAGGCCAUGGCCUCCAGGGAGCUGGACAAGGACCAGAACCCCAAUAUACCCAAGGAGAACAAGCUCUGGGGCGGGCGCUUCGAGGAUAGCGUCACCGACGCCGUCGAGCGGUUCAGCGAGUCGGUCUCCUUCGACAAGGAGCUCUACAAGCACGACAUCAUGGGCAGCCGGGCCCACGCCACCAUGCUCGCCCACCAGGGUUUAAUGACUGACAGUGAUAGAGACGGUAUAUUGCAUGGUCUCGAUGAGAUAGAGAGAAGAAUUGAAGCAGGGGAAUUUGUCUGGAGAACAGAUAGAGAGGACGUGCACAUGAAUAUAGAGGCAGCACUCACAGACAUGAUUGGGGAACCCGCCAAAAAGCUUCACACUGCAAGAAGUCGAAAUGAUCAAGUUGUGACAGAUCUUCGCUUGUGGUGUCGGGAAGCCAUUGAUAAAAUUCUUGCACACAUUAGACAACUUCAGGUGGCACUGGUUGGUUUAGCUUUAAAAAAUGAAGGGCUGAUAGUUCCUGGAUACACUCAUCUACAGAGGGCACAGCCUGUUUUGCUGCGACAUCUUCUGUUAACAUAUGUUGAACAGCUUGAACGUGAUGCUGGUCGACUAGUUGGUUGCAAGGAUCGGAUGAACUUCUGCCCCCUUGGUGCUUGUGCUUUGGCUGGUACUGGCCUUCCCAUCAACAGGUUCAUGACUUCAGAUGCCUUGGGGUUUACUGCUCCCAUGAGGAACAGCAUUGAUGCAGUAUCAGAUCGUGAUUUUGUCUUGGAAUUUUUAUCAGCCAAUUCCAUCACUGCAAUUCAUCUUUCACGGCUUGGUGAAGAAUGGGUUUUGUGGGCAUCAGAGGAGUUUGGAUUCUUGACCCCGAGCGACUCAGUAUCCACAGGAAGCAGCAUUAUGCCCCAGAAGAAAAAUCCAGAUCCAAUGGAACUUGUUCGUGGAAAGUCUGCUAGAGUUGUGGGAGAUCUUGUUACUCUUCUAGUCCUGUGCAAAGGGCUUCCGCAAGCUUACAAUCGUGAUCUCCAAGAAGACAAGGAACCUUUAUUUGACAGUGUUAGAACUAUACUAGGAAUGCUCGAAGUAACAACUGAAUUUGCAUGCAACAUUACCUUCAACCAUGCAAAAAUUGAAAGAGCUCUACCUGCUGGGCAUCUUGAUGCCACAACCCUUGCAGAUUACCUUGUGAAGAAGGGGAUGCCUUUCAGAACUUCUCAUGAAAUAGUAGGAAGGUCUGUUGCUCUGUGCAUUGCAAGGAACUGCCAGCUUUCAGAUCUUACUCUUGUUCAACUACGCAGCAUAAAUCCUAUUUUUGAUGAGGAUGUCUAUGAAUAUCUCGGAGCGGAAAAUUCAGUGAAGAAGUUCAGCUCCUAUGGGUCAACAGGUUCAGAAUGUGUGGCUGAGCAACUCAACUUCUGGAUUUCAAAGCUUCAUAUCAACCAAGCCCAGGAGUAGACUGAACAAUUAUGGAUAUCACCAAGUUCUGAAGGAUUAUCAGAUUUAGAUUAUUCCAAUUAUGGAUUGUUUGGCCUACCAAUUUGAGUUUGUGAAGAUCUAAGAUUUCAUUUGAGACAUCUUGUUGUUCCGCGUCCCCCAAUUAUAACCGUGACACAGACUUUACAGUAAUCAAUACUAAUUCAGUUCAUGCUGUUGAACUUCAUCUACA